GAACUCAAACGGAAAACGCUUAAAAGUAUUAAUAGCAUUAUUUUCAUUAUCAUUAUUUUUGCUACCAUGUAAUUUGUAUUCAAUGUCGCUCAUUUGCGUUUGCAGUGAAAGCUAAAGCUAUUUAUGUUUGAGCUGCGCAAACUGUUCUGAUUAGCACUAUCAUAAAAUGCCCACUUUUAUUAAUAACACUCUCAAUAAUCGCACGUUCUUUCACAUUAGCUCUAACCAUUCGAGUUCAUAUCAUUGCAAAAAGUCAAUCACUCUGAAAAUGAGCCACAUACCCAUUAGUAACUCUAAUCCACCAAAACAAACUGAUGGUAAUGGUAAAGCUAACAUUGCUAACAUUUUGGAAGAUAAGCUGGACCCCAAGGUUUCGAUCGACAUGGAGGCGCCGGAGUUCAAAGAUUUUGCCAAAACAAUGGUGGACUUUAUAGCCGAAUACCUGGAGAACAUACGCGAAAGGCGCGUUCUGCCGGAAGUGAAGCCCGGGUACCUGAAGCCGCUAAUUCCGGAUACGGCGCCCGAAAAGCCGGAGAAGUGGCAGGAUGUGAUGCAGGACAUUGAGCGGGUCAUCAUGCCGGGAGUGACCCACUGGCACAGUCCCAAGUUCCAUGCCUACUUCCCCACGGCCAACUCUUAUCCAGCGAUCGUGGCGGACAUGCUGAGUGGAGCGAUUGCCUGCAUCGGAUUCACCUGGAUUGCCAGUCCCGCGUGCACGGAACUCGAGGUGGUCAUGAUGGAUUGGCUGGGCAAGAUGCUGGAGCUGCCGGCGGAAUUCCUGGCCUGUUCGGGCGGCAAGGGAGGCGGAGUCAUCCAGGGAACGGCCAGUGAGUCCACACUGGUGGCGCUGCUGGGAGCCAAGGCUAAGAAGGUGAAAGAAGUGAAGGAGCUGCAUCCGGAGUGGGAUGAGCACACCAUCCUGGGCAAGCUGGUGGGCUACUUUUCUGCCCAGGCUCAUUCCUCCGUGGAGCGUGCUGGUCUCUUGGGAGGAGUGAAGCUCCGUUCUGUGCAGUCCGAGAAUCACAGAAUGCGUGGUGCUGCACUGGAAAAGGCCAUCGAACAGGAUUUGGCCGAGGGUUUGAUUCCCUUCUAUGCCGUGGUCACCCUGGGCACCACCAACUCCUGCGCCUUCGAUUACUUGGAUGAGUGUGGACCCGUGGGAAACAAGCACAAUGUGUGGGUCCAUGUGGACGCUGCUUAUGCCGGAUCCGCUUUCAUUUGCCCCGAGUACCGCCACCUGAUGAAGGGCAUUGAGUCAGCGGACUCUUUUAAUUUCAACCCACACAAAUGGAUGCUGGUGAACUUCGACUGCUCGGCCAUGUGGCUGAAGGAUCCCAGUUGGGUGGUCAACGCCUUCAAUGUGGACCCUCUUUACCUGAAGCACGAUAUGCAGGGAUCCGCUCCGGACUAUCGUCACUGGCAAAUCCCACUUGGACGGCGAUUCCGGGCUUUGAAGCUCUGGUUCGUCCUCCGGCUGUACGGAGUCGAGAAUCUCCAAGCCCACAUCCGCAGACAUUGCAAUUUUGCCAAGCAGUUUGGGGAUCUCUGCUUGGCGGAUUCCAGAUUCGAACUGGCCGCUGAGAUUAAUAUGGGAUUGGUCUGUUUCCGUCUGAAGGGCAGCAACGAGCGGAACGAAGCUCUCCUCAAGCGAAUCAAUGGACGCGGCCACAUCCACUUGGUUCCUGCCAAAAUCAAGGAUGUGUACUUCCUACGCAUGGCCAUAUGCUCGCGAUUCACCCAGUCCGAGGACAUGGAGUACUCGUGGAAGGAGGUCAGUGCCGCUGCCGACGAGAUGGAACAGGAGCAGUAAAUUGGUUGUGCAGAUCUGUUCCGUGUUUAAUUUAUAAAUCAAUAUUGAAUUGAUUCUAUAUACCACAAAA